AUUUCAUGGGGAAGUCUCAAAACUUAGGGAUCAAACAAAGCAGUAGUACUCCUGGUCCUAGUAAGUGGAUGGAGCUGCCUAUCUCACGGUCACCAAGCAUUGUCCAGUGUAGUACUGGUCAUGAUGGUCAUCAUAUAGUCAUGCUAUCUGAGGAUGGGUCAACGUACUUUGCUGGUACUGCGAGGAAAGGUGAAGAUGGGGAUCAAGUGAAAGGUCGUCGCCAGAUGAAGCCUAGUAAACCAGUGAAGAUGCUUCGUCUAGACGGCAAACAUGCCAUUCAUUCAGCGUGUAAUAACGGUAGUACUGCAGUGGUUACCAGAGAAGGGGAACUCUAUCUCUUUGGGAAAGAUGUCCAGAAUGCAGAGGCUUCUACUGGUCUUGUGACUGAGUUGAAGGGUACCCCAAUCAAGGAGGUAGCGUUAGGUAAAGCACAUGUAUGUGCAUUGACCACUACUGGACAACUCUACACCUUUGGGAUCAGUAACAAAGGUCAAUGUGGACGAGGGGUCAUAGCUGGACAUCCUGCCAAGGAAGAUGCAAUAUCGGAAGGGAUCCCCAUAGCAACGGAAGAUGAUGUUGAAGAGGAGGAAGUAGACAAGGAGGAGGAGCCAUGUAACCAUGACUUUGUUACUGAUCAAUGUAUGAUCUGUACCUCGUGUGGGGAGUGUACAGGGUAUGGGGAUAGCUGUAUUAGGAGCCAACGACCUGGAAGGAGGCCUGGUCUGAUCUGUGGAUGUGGAUCAGGAGAUGCAGGGUGUAGUAAGUGUGGAAUGUGUAGGGCUUGUAUAGGUGAUGGCGGCGGCGUCGUGGCCGCAGCGGUCGGUGUGAAUGCUGCAGGAGAGAAUAACCAGGGUAACAAUCGAAGCAGAGGAGGAGGAGGAGGAGGAGGAGGAGGUAAUAACGUAGUGAUGAUGGGUAAUGGCGCACCCAAUGACUGGCUAGGUCAUCUCAGGGAUGCGUUCAUCAGAAGGAAGGUACAUCAUAGACAGCUGGACUGGGUGCUCGGCAAGGACAAAGGAAAAGAUGAAGGUAAUAACAGUGGAGAUGAUCGUGAACCUGAGCGAGACUUCGGCAAACAUGUCAUCCACCCACCCGGCCUGGUUACCAUAGGAACAGGACAAACACCAAUCAAACAAGUCACAUGUGGACUACACCAUUCAGUGGUUCUUCUGGAGAAUGGUGAGGUGUAUGCCUUUGGUCUUGGUAAUCAUGGUCAGCUUGGGCAGAGAGAUUCAGCAAACAGAUCAAGUCCAGUGAAGAUUCCAUUGGAUGAGAAGGUAACCCAGGUUGCUGCUGGUAGCAACCAUACUGUGCUUCUAUCAGAGACAGGAAGGGUCUAUACGUGUGGCAGCUUUCAGAAAGGGCAGCUGUGCCGACCAAUCCAGGAGGAAAACAAUGCUGCCGGUGCUGUAUCACACAGCAGCCCCGGCCCCAUCCCUUCACUAGGUGCUAGAUGUAGUAGGAGAGCUACAUGGAUUGAUGCAUGUGGGGAUAGGACGUUUGUCAAGAUAGAUGAGGCUCUUAUCAGUCCCAAGAUGCUCACUGAUUCACUCGUCUUUGCUGACCAAGCUGAGAUAGGUAUCCUUCCUAAUGAUGAGACGGUAUCUUCAGUGAAGUGUUUGAUGUUGAAUCGUACAGAUGGCAGCUGUACUAGCUUCAUGGGCUCAGAUCAGAUGAGCUUCAAAGGCUGCAGUGUGUGUCUAGAUCCUUUCUAUAGAGUUCUAUGGAGCUACAAUCCACUGCUUCAUCAGAUCCAGUGCUUCAACAUUCUCAAGACAGGUGCAUCGUUCCCUUCUACCACCACCACCCUCCAAGAACUACCCCCUGCUGCUUCCAUUCUUACCCCUCAGCUAGCCCUACCUUGCACCCCUCAUAUCCCCAUCGAUGGCUCCCAGAUAGCACUCAAUGUACUGGCUUGCCUCGACUCAUUGACUGCCAGCCGGGAAGCAGGGCUUACCAUCUUGGAGUCAGAGACUCAGGUCCAGAGUGUUGCAAAGGUCUAUACCAAAGAAGACUUCAGUAUUGUCAACAGGUUUGAAGGCUAUGGAGGUGGGUGGGGUUACUCAGGUCAUUCUGUUGAAGCAGUACGAUUCUGUCCUGAUACGGAUAUCUUGCUUGGAGGGUUUGGUCUCUUUGGAGGGAGAGGAGAGUAUAGUGCUAAGAUCAAGGUGUAUGAUCUUGGACCGAAGGGAGGAGAGUAUGAGUUAGAUGGAGAGUGGAUGGCAGAGAGUGAUGACAUCACCUUCGACUGUGGGGCAAGAGAGAAGUUUCCCAUUCUGUUUGAGGAGCCAGUACCCUUAACAGCAGGUAACUGGUAUGUAGCAUGGGCAAGAGUGAAUGGACCUAGCAGUGAUUGUGGAUCUAGUGGUCAAGGCACUGUCACAACAGAAGAUCAAAUUUCAUUCCAGUUCAUGAGUUCAAAGAAAUCUAACAAUGGAACCGACAUCAAUGCAGGACAGAUUCCUCAGAUACUCUACAGGAUGCCUCAACCUGAUGCGAAUAACUUCAGAGGUCAAUCAUCUCAUGGUGAACCAGUUCACAUUCUCUCAUCAUCGUUCAGUAACUCAGUAUCACCGGAGGUGUUUGAGUCUCUGUUGAAACUGCUUCAGUGGAGCUGGACAACAUUCAAGAAGAAUGCGGAAGGGGUCAUGAAGAAGAAAGACAAGGAGCUGCUGAAUGCAUGCAAUGAGCUAGACAGACUGGUUUAUAUUGCUUCGGCCUGUCUUAGAUUACUAAGAAGUCAUGUGUGUGAAAUAUACCCAAACCCAGGGACUGGGAAACGUCCAAACAGCGGGUCAUCACAACUCCCAGAAUGCAUCUCCAUGACCUGUGACCUCCUGAAGCAGAUCCUUGGUGAACUGACGGAGAUGGAGCUACAGAGGGCGAUAGAAGACGCUCCCAGGUUAACGACCCCUUCACCCAUUCCCCACCCCCUAGGGAGGAUCAUGAGGGGUGUAGUCGAGGAGUGUCACCAUACCUUUGUGCAGUGUUUUCAUGCUUUCUAUCCUACACCACAACUCAAGUGGGUCUUCCUCUGUGAUCUUCUCAACUCUAGUCAACAUAGUCUUGCCCCUGAUGCCAACGGUCACCUCCUAGCAGCAGUGUUAGAAGCCCUGUGUGACUCAACGGUCAAACUGACCAAAGUCUUGCCUAUCCUGAGAGAGCAUCCUGACCCUCACCCUCCAGAUCAGACCAGAGCACCGGUCAAUCCGGUCAAUCCUGUUCCCUUUGCUAAACAGCUCUCCAUGGAAGAUUCACCCAGUGCUGCUCAAGCUGAAGCCAGGGCUCAGUUUCCUGAGCUCGUUGUUCACAUGGAAGAUAGGGUACAGGAUGAAGGAGUGAUAGCUCUCAACACUAGUUUCCAAGAGAUCCUUGAUAAACUACUCAUACUUCUCACAACACCUGUCACAGAAGCAUUAGAUAAGAAGCAGCAGUGUUUACCCAGCACACUAGUGAAGAAUGCCAGCAGACUACUCACCUGUAUUGUGAGUGAGCUCUCAGCUAUGGCUUGCAUCAAUGAGAGUGACAACCAGACGUCAGGACGCCCUCUGUUGACGACCCCAUCACGCUUCACCCGAGUGAGUCAGAAUCGAGGUUGGAGUACCGGUAACGGUACCCCUGAUGCUGUAUGCUUCAGUGUUGACAAGCCUGGUGUAAUGAUAGCUGGAUUCUGUGUCUAUGGUGGUGUAGGAUACUACAACUAUGAACUGGAAUUGCUUGAUGGGAGUGAGGUUGGACCUGAUGGUAACAGCCAGCGAUGGAACUCACUAGAACUGGUCAAAGGAUCAUACGGUCAUCUCGACCUAGCCAAAGACAUUGCAGAGAUCAAGUUUGACCGUCCAGUACCGGUCAAGGAAGGAGUGAAGUAUGCUGUCAGACUACGUAACCAUGGUAACAGGACGGUGAAUGGAGACGGUGGUAUGACCCAUGUGAAGUGUCCUGAUGGAGUGACGUUCUCGUUUAGUCUAUGUAGACUGAGCAGUAAUGGGACCAGUCAGACCAGGGGACAGAUUCCUCAGAUUCUAUACUUCAAUACUGCAGCUGAGAAUGAGACCCAGAGAGUAGAGCCUAAAUCACAGGUUGUUGAGCAACAAGCAAGGAUUAAUGUACUCUCUAUCAUGACAACCAUCGUCAAGGCAGCUAGUGAUCUACUCAAGAAAGCUGAAGGUUGUCAAGAUCUAGAGAUUCCUGCCACCUUCACAUCAUCUCAUCUCUUCUCACAGCUACUACCUCUAGUCCUAGCUUACAUUGGUCCUGUUACUUCAGCUGAUCCUAAGAGUGCUGUCCAGGUCUUGGAUCUGUUGAAGGACCUCCUCCCUCCAGUGGCUUCCAUCAAUCAGCAAUUUGCUCCGCCCACUCCACCUGUCAAUCAAAGUACAGAUAGUUGCAAUGGCCAAUCAGCAGCUGACAUUCAUACCAUCACCACCUCCAUGCAUUACGCUGUGGUGGAGUGUGAUCAUCCAUACAAGCCUGCUACUGUGGCAAACUACAAGGUGUGUUUCCCUGAUUCAGUGCAAUGGAUGUUACUACAGUUUGAUCCUCAAUGUGGUACAGCUCAACCAGAGGACAGUCUUCAACUCUACAUUCCAACUACCCAUCAUCAACCUACUAACACACAUCAUACCAGUGCAUCUACAUCACCAUCACCGGUCUCUUCCACCUCAGCCACAGCGCCCUCAACGGUGACGGUCACUCAGGGUGAUAAGGGGCCGUCGUCCACGAGGUCAUGGCCAGUCAUCAAGAAGUGUCAUGGUAAAAUCAACUGGCCUUCUUCAGCUGUUGUACUUCCAGGUAAUGAGGUAUCGUUUGUGUUGGGUACUGCAUCAGACUAUGUGAAGGAUGAGAAAGCCAACAUGUUUGGAUUUAAAUGUACCAUCAUUGGCUAUGAAUGGAUACCAACUUGUGAUGAGGGUCUAGUGAACCUAGAGAAAGAGAUAGCGUACCUGGGUGGUAUGUGUGCUGCAUCUAUGAUGAAGAAAGACAUCAGUCUUCCUCCGUCGUCAACGGAGACGGGAAAUGAGGAGGUGGAACUCAUCACGGAGGCAGCUGAGGAGAUCUUCAGUAGCCAUGCAAGCCUGCUUUGUCGUGGGUUUGCUCUGGCCCAGCCUCCUACCAUCCACCAAGCUUUAGAGGGUAACCUACCGUUGAGUACUCAGUCUAAUGAACGAGCUUUCCUCAGGGACUUUGUCAUGUGUGCACCAGGGACUAGUGGAGGUAGACUAGCAAGAUGGUUACAGCCUGAGUCAUAUGUAGAGCCUCGUCAGUGUGAUGUGAUAUUCACCAGAGAUGAGAUCAGAUGUAGUGUUCCUACAGUGGUGACUGUACUGAGCAGGGAUCAGUAUGCUGGACUGGUGUUUGUACCUGGUUUGAAGAUUGAAGUAGAAGCCGUCCCCGUUGGUAAGCGAGAUCAUCCCUACCAGUCCUCUAAGUUCCAGAAGGCAUCUAACUCCAGUGACAAAGACUUGACCUUUGGAGGUCACAAAGCACCGACCUUUGACACGCCCUUUGAACCUGUGAUGAGGAGGGAGGUAUCGGUGUAUAACUCUAUCACCAUGAUGAAGGAGUAUGAGAGUUACUCCUUUGAGGAGCUGAGGUUUGCUUCUCUUCCAGUCACAAGACCCAAUGAAAGCAUGCUUGUAAGAGAUAACAAUGAUGGAACCUACACAGCUAAUUGGACUCCAAGCUCAAUAGGACUCUACUCAAUACAUGUCACCAUCGAUGGUCAUUCAUUAGAAGAUGUCCCUCAAGUAGAGGUGAACGACCCUCCUCAUGGGGUCCUUCCACCCAAUGCCACGCCAAAGAAGACCUCUCCACCGGUCAACAAGAUGAGGAAGCUCAUCGCUAAGUAUUGCCGUGGGCUCAGGAUCAGAAGUGCUCCCUCGCUACAGAGUGAACAGAUAGGAAUCGUUGAUGUAGGAGGUGUCAUCAUCUUUACUGAAGAGCUCCAGAAUGAGGAUGGUAUUUGGGUGCGGCUAACCCAUGAGAGCAUCAAGAAGUAUUGCCCUGACAAUGGUGUCCGAGAGGGAUGGUGUCUCCUCUAUAAUCAACACAUCGGAAAGACAUUCCUCUUCCCUGUCGAGGAGUCCAAGUCUAUUUAUGAUGACCGCCCUGAGAGAAGGGAGUCUCCGACGGCAAGCGCCCUCAAGAGUCUGGAUCCAGACAGCCCUGCUCUUGUGAAACCCAAAACAGGUGGUCCCGGGCUGUAUCAGGUGAUUAACUGUGGUCCAUCAGGUCAUAACAUCCGCUGUAGAGCUAGUCUCAAGGCCACGCCCAUUGGUAUGAUGGUGAUGGGUAACCAAGCCAAUGUGGUCCAAGAGGUGCGGCUUGGUGAUGGUUCCAUCUGGGUGAAACUAGACAAGGCUAGUAUGACUCGGUACUGUGAGAAUACCAAGGGAGAAGCAUGGGCUCUAUCCUUCAGUAAAGGUGUCAUGUACCUCAUGCAUGAGAAUGAUCUCUCACUCACGGACAAGGAGAAAGCAAAGGCGGUUUCUGAGAACUUGUCUUUCUACUCGGUAUCUCAAGGUGGCAAGGGAGGUACAGGCUUUGACUUCAAGAAUGCUCAGGGACCGCCAUCAUUAGGCUUUGCCCCUCCAGGAGACUUGGUGCCAUACAUGUUUGGUAAUAAACCCUCAGCUAAUGGAUCAAUAUCCCAUGAGAAUGGACAGCUUGAUGACGAUGAAGAUCCCUUUGAUCAUUUUGGUGCCCUACCUGUAGCUAAUCAUGUUGAUGAAGCAGGAAACAUAGUGAACUCCAAGGAGAAAGAGAAUCUUGAUCCUGCAAAGGAGGCCUUAGAGAUCAAGAGAGAAUCACGGUCAGAAGUGAGAAAAGAACCCAGAAAGGGCUCCUCACAGAGCAGUGAACGUGUCAGUGUCGUUGGUAGUAAAGUCAGGUCUAAGAGCGUUGAUAGUAUGACAUCAGCUGAAUCAGAGCUAGCAAGGAUGACAGCUGCUAGCAAUCAUCAACCAUCUAGUCCCUUACCGCAUGGAAGCCCUCAGAGAUCUAGGUUCACUAUCGGUACCACCUCAAGUCAGCAAUCACCAAAGAGUAGCAUGUCUCCUAAGCCAGGGAGGAAGUCACGGUCUCCUUUUGGUAGGAGAGACAGAACUUUAUCACCUUCUAGCAAAGACAGGUCACCAGCGAGAUUCAAAGCGAGCAUACUGAAGCAGGAAGCUGUCAAGGAGGUGGCACAAACAGCCAUUGCAACCUCGGUAGCAGAAUGUGUUAGAUGUGUGUUUGCAGCCUUUUUAUGGCACGAGGGACUUGUUCAUGAUGCCAUGGCUUGUGCAUCAUUCCUCAAGUUCAACCCAGGGAUGACCAAGCAAUCUACCGUAAGUCCUCAGGAACCUGCCAAUACUCAGAACAAAAGAGACCUCAAGCUGAAGAAUAGACACUCCAUGGAUCUCAGCAAGAGCAUGUCUGAUGGAAUCUUCUUUAAUUCAUCAGAGUUCUCCAUUCAGGAGCAUCCUCUCAAUCAAAAUGAAAUGUCAAAUUGUCGGUUGAGCGAUAAGACUCUUGAAGAAGCCAAGAAAGGACUUGAAUCUGCUUCAGCUACUCAAACAGUACCCACGUCUCCUCUUGCCAAGUCUUUCAAUGCCAUCCCUUCCAGCGCACCUGAGAAUGAUGGAACAGCUGCACUUAAAGCUGCCUCAGCAUUCCUUCCUCCUGCAUCCCCCAAACACUCACCAAAAACAGUUCCCAAGCCAUCCCAGGAUGCCCUCACCAAGAAGCCCAACCCAUCACCAAAGAAGCUCAUUAGUGCUACGGAGAAGGAUCUAGACUUUGCUGAGAUGAGGGAACGAUCAGCUACAGUUGGAGCUGAGUACACCAACAAGACUCCUCAAAAAGAGUCGGCCAACAAGCCUGCCAAAGAUGCGGAAUCAAAACUAACAUUGCCAGUCACUCUCAAGCAUCUUCUAACAUUCUGGGAUGAACUGACGUCGACGACAGUCAACAUUGCUUCCCAGCAGGUCCUUCUUCCCAGUCCUGCUCCCAUCACCAAGACCAAAGCAAAGAUUGAGAAGAAGGAAGAACUUCCCAAGCGGGAGAACAAGGGCAAGAAGCGCAGGGACAAGUACUUUCGUGGUGGACAUGGUAACUUGUUUGGUGAAGCAGCCGGCGUGCAAGCCAGGAUGGGUGACUUUGAUACCAUCUGUGAUUUGUGCUUAGGUGUCUUUCCUCACCCUGUCACCUACCAUAUGAGACAAAUGCACCCGGGAUGUGGUAAGACUGCUUGGGGACAUGGGUACAACAGCAGUGGAGUCUACAGGAAUGGUUUUGUAGGGAACUGCGGAGAGGGCGGUACAGUGGGGAGGGACUGGUAUCUCAUGUGUGAACGUUGUAGAGAGAAAUACAUGCAUGAUGCCGAGGAUAAGAACAAAGACAAAGCUAAGAAAGUACGUAAGAGGGUUCCUUCUCUGAAAGCCCCUCGCGUCCUGCCACCUUUAGAAGCUCACCAGGUCAUGAAAGCCAAUGCAAUGUUUCUAUUGGACUUGGCGAGCGCUACCGGAUCCAUAUUCCCAAGCUCUAGCCCAAUGAGGAAGAUAACUCGGUUUGAUCUUCCCACCGUGUCGGAGUCAGAAUCACUCAUGACACAGUUUCCUGACACGACCUUCAGGUUCCUGACUGUCAUGGCAGGCCAAGGGUCAUCGGAAGAGUUCUCUGAUGUAGAUGAAGGUAUUGCAUCAUCAUCGGGUCCAUUUACUGGAGGUUUCUCAUCUGGUGGUGUCUUCUCAGGACAAGAUAGUCAUUCAAGUGCCUACACACACUCUCAUCCCAAGCUUGUGAGCUCCGGUUCACUAGAUCCUACACACAGGUUUAGUCACUUCAGAUCUAUCUCAAUGAAUGCGUCUGGAUACGCUGCUGCUCAGAGUGAUAAAGGCACUAAGGUGCGCAGGAGAAACAACAGUGGUAGCUCAGAUGGGUCAUCCCUUCUUCGCCGGCCGUCUGCCUUACUAGCUCGUUUGAUAGAGGGACGUUCUGUAGGUCUAUCCACCCUCCAUCGUCCUGUCAUGUUAUUCAUAGCUCAGAGGCAUGACUUGGAUGGACUACAGCUAGCUAUGAAGCAAGCACUCAGGAAGGGAGCAUGCAGGGUUUAUGCUAUGCAAGCUUUGAACUGGCUUCUAAGGAAUGUGACACAGCUGACCUGUCUCCAUGAUCUUCUAUGGCACUUUGUCUCAUCCUUGACACCAUCACCAGGAGAGAAAGAGACGGAACAGGAAGGUGAUGGUGGCAAGGAUAAAGAAAAGGAGAAAGAGAAGAAGGAACCUGAACAGGAGAUAGAAGGUCUAAUGUGUGAGCACCCUCUAUCUGAUAUCACCAUCGCCGGCGAGGCCAUUCAACCUCUCCCAGCGACCUUCCACAACCUCCUCCAAACCAUCGCUACCGUCAUGAUGCAUCUACCAACAGGAGGCGCCCUUCAACAGAUGGCCAUGCGGUGCUGGUGUCUGCGCUUCCGUCAGGCCGAUCAUGUGUUUCUCCAUCGCUCUCAGGUGUUUAGUAACAUCAAUCAGAUCCUCUCUAAGUCUGAUGAGAAUGAAGGAGAUGGAGAGGGGAGUGUGACGGGUAGCUUGGUAUCUAUGACGGAAUCAAGCGUUACAUCACAGAGUUCAGUGAAGGUUGACCUACUACGAGACAUCACUCACUCCGUAGAGCUACAGGUAUCUAGCCGGGCAGCCAUGUUGCCUAGUCUGACUGACGGUUCUACGGAGACCUUCUGGGAGUCUGGUGAUGAGGAUAGGAAUAGAAAUAAGUUUGUCACCAUCUCAGGAAACAAAGGAAUGAAUCUGAAGAUGGUUGCUGUACAUGUAGACAACUCAAGAGACUUAGGGAACAAGGUAACGUCGAUGACCUUCCUAUCAGGGUCAAGCAUAGACGGUCUCCAGAAGGUUCAGCAGUCUAACCUUGAUGCUAGGCAUACUGGAUGGGUGACCUGUGACCUCACUGGUAGUCUAGAUGGGUCAAAGGUUGUACGGAUUGAGCUGAAGGGACCUGAUAGCCAUCUGAGGAUUAGACAGGUGAAGGCACUCGGAGGCAACAGAGGGGAGACCUUAUCAGCUGGUGCCCAGGUAUCAGCUUUGAAUCUCCAGCAGCAGAACUGUGUUAGUGAGACGUUGAGGGUAUUCCGUCUGCUGACCUCACAGGUCUUUGGUAGACUACUAUCAGAUGAAGAACCAAUCAGCAAAGAGAGCCAGAUCAUCAAACCUGGAGAUAUGCAGACACCGGAAGAUGAGGACACCAAUGACAGUGACUUGAAGGAGCACAUGGUUGGAAUCCUCUUCAGUCGACCCAAACUCACUAACCUACAGAAACAGGUUUGUUCUCACAUCGUUCAAGCAAUCCGUAAGGAGACGAUCAAGAUGCAGGAUGAUUGGGAAGCUAGCUUGACUGCUUCUAGUAAGCUGACUCCAUCUAGUACCCCAUCAUCAUCAGCUCCAUCAUCAUCCAUAGACCAGGUUACAUCAACACCUGAUGCAUACUGCUUUGAGCUUCUAUCUAUGGUCCUGGCCUUGAGUGGAUCCAGAGUAGGCCGGUCUUACGUAGCCCAGCAGGAUGGACUACUCCUGGACCUGGUCUCACUUCUUCACACCGGCACACCUCGGGUCCAGAGACAAGUGACGGCCGUCCUGCGUAGGUUCCUGCUAGAGAUUCCUCCCAAACUCUUCAAGCAGAUCAUGGGUGUGAGUAGUCUUCCACCGGAUGAUCUUAGUCUCCUGACCCAAGGCCUGUCGGACAGGAAUCCAGACACCCCUGCUGAGGACUAUCUGGGAGUCCUGGAUGUCUUCCUAGCGUGUGUGGCUAAGGCUUUGACGGUUCAGACCAAGGUCAAGGGAGGAUGGCAAGCUGCUAUGGGUAAAGGGACUGCAGAGUUUGGAGUUGGAAGAGGGGCGCAUUCCUAUACCUUGGCCAAACUACAACAACAGAUGAGUACUGAGGAGUCGCCAGCCAGGAGAUCUCGUAGUAAACAUUGGUGGUUGUGUGGUUCAAUGUCACACAACAUUGCAGAGCAGAUCAUCUUACUCAUCAAGGAUAUGUCUGCUGGUAAGAUUUCCUCUGAGUGGGCCAAGGUGACUAAGGGAGCCAUAGCAGAGAGGGUCCUGUCACUCACUAAACUUGAUGAACCUAAGAGAGCACCAGCACUCUGUAUCAAGACUAACACGCUGUGGCUAUCUCUAGCAUCUCUCUGUGUAUUAGAGCAUGAGCAUGUAGAGAGAUUAUCAUCUAGUCAAUGGGCUCAAGGCAAAGACUCACCAGCAGCUAAACAGAAGCAGCCAACAUGUGACAACCAUGACGAUGGAGAAACAUCUGCUAUCAUCCAAUGUGAGCACUGUGGUAACCUAUGUGCUGACUGUGAUAGAGUGCUACAUCUACCCAAGAGACAUAGGAACCAUCAGAGAAAGGUUUUCAAAGAAGAGGAGGAGUCUAUCCGUGUUGACCUCCAUGAAGGAUGUGGGCGGAGUAAACUCUUCUGGGUCAUGACCCUCGCUGACUCCAAGACACUCAAAGCUAUGGUGGAGUUCAAGGAAAUCACUCCAGGUAACACAGCUACAGGUGGUGGAGGAUCAGUUGCCAUGGGAACCUGUCGUUUUUGUGGUACUAAGACAUCAACAGGAAUCCUUGGACCUGCAGGAAGCGUGUGUAACGAUCCUGAUUGUCAGCGGUAUGCUGAUAACGCAUGUACCAAGGUACAGCAAUGUGGUCACAUGUGUGGUGGUAUCCAUGACGAAUCUGAUUGUUUACCUUGUCUCUAUGGUUGCAAUCCAUCUUCUACUCUCCGUCAGGAUGCUGAUGAUAUGUGUAUGAUAUGCUUCACUGAGGCCCUAGCAUGUGCUCCAGCUAUACAGCUGAACUGUGGUCAUGUGUUCCAUCACCAUUGCUGUCAAGCCGUCUUAGAAGGGUCGUGGGUCGGUCCUCGUAUCACCUUUGGUUUCUCUCUCUGCCCCAUCUGCAAGAUGAGUAUGAAGCACACCUCCCUGCAGGAUGUAUUGAAACCCAUCGAGGUUCUUCAUGAGGAUGUGAGACGGAAGGCUUUGAUGAGAGUAGAAUAUGAAGGGUUACUGAAGGGUGAAGCUAUCACUACUCCAGGAGCUAGGUUCUACAAUGAUCCUGCAGGCUUUGCUAUGAAUAGAUACGCUUACUAUGUCUGCUUCAAGUGUAAGAAGGCUUACUAUGGAGGAGAGGCACGCUGUGACCAGGAAGCAGGGAUCCAGGAAGACUAUGAUCCAUCAGAGUUAGUCUGUGGAGCAUGUUCUGACGUGUCUAGAGCGCAGAUGUGUGCCAAGCAUGGUACAGAUUUCCUGGAGUACAAAUGUCGUUACUGCUGCUCGGUGGCUGUCUUCUUCUGCUUUGGAUCGACUCAUUUCUGCCAGGCUUGUCAUGAUGACUUUCAGAGUAUCACCACCAUCCCUAAAGCUGAGCUUCCUCACUGUCCAGCUGGUGCACGAGCCAAGCAGCUAGAGGGAGAAGAAUGCCCCCUUCAUGUACAGCAUCCACCUACAGGAGAAGAGUUUGCAUUAGGAUGUGGUGUGUGUAGGAAUGCUCAUACGUUCUAGUGAUGUCACCGUGUCUGCUCAGAGUGCAGGACUUCACCAAGAUGUCCCUAACAUGGUGCUAUGGUCUGUAGGAGAACAGACAGGGAUGCUGAGUAGUAGGAUGAACUUGUGUUCUCAUUGUGGAGGAGGAGGAGGAAAAGGGCUGGAUUGAGCGUCUUUCAUAUGGCUGUCACACCAACGAUGCCAAAUCAACAAAAGACCAAACAAGCAAUUACAUUACCAGGCAUGACACAGAAUCAGUCGGUCUGGAGUCGGUUCGGAGUCGGUUUGGCGAUGUGACCGAGGUAUUAUCCCUUCAUGGAGCCAAGGACCGGAUAUCAUGAACAUACAUGACACACUUGUGUUGUUCCCAUCUGUCAAUUUGAGCGAGUUCUUGUCAUUUUCUUUCAGAAUUCCUUCAAGUUGAGGCAGUAUGUUUCUGAUGUACUGCUGCAUACUGCCUCAGCUUUCAGGGCAGGAGUAUAUCUCUUUAAAGGGAUUAAUUCUGACGAAGAAUCUACUUUUAUUUGUCAAGGUAAUUCUCCGACAUUAUCUUUGCAUUCAUCUACUGUAAAACCUGAAUUGAUUGCAUUUAAUGUUCGUGAGUUUUGUGAGUGCUUCAGACUCUCGAAAGUUUUCAUGCCAAAAUUAACAUAUUCACAAAUGACACAGCGCUAGAUGUUUGCAAUUUUCGAAAGUUUCAUGCUGUGAAGAUGAAUAUUGUUUAAAAUUCCUGACAAUUUCAUGUCUCUAAUAAAUCUGGUUUUCCAGUAAUUCUUUUUGUGUGAUUUUGAAUGAAAUUAAAUCAGUGUGACUACAAUGAGUAAUGUUUUUAGUUUCUUCAUUUGUAAGUAGUCUUUGGUAGAUGGAGGGGCAGAUAGAAAGCCCAUGAUGUUUUACACCAAAGCCUCAAUAAAAAUUCCAUAUUUAAAGUAAGUUAGAAAAACAGUUGUUUAAAGGUAUGGAAAGAUGUUAAUGUUCAUGUCUAUCAAAUAUAUUUCCUUGUCCAUGUGAUUCUGAAUCAUACACACAUGCAUGAAUGUGAGGAAUGAAAGUUAAAAGCUUUAUGUAACCAGUUGUGUUUAUAUCUAAUGUCAAUUGAUUGCUCCAUAAAAUCUGUAAGAAUUUGAAUCCUUCUGAGAAUGGAUGAAAUUAUGUUAGUUUGUAUUAUUGUUUCAUUUGCAUAAGAGAUUAUGUAAUGUGUUUAUGCCUGUAUAUACCCCCCACCCCCUCCUCUUUGCUAAAUGUUCAUUCCAAUGUAUAUUAAUAUUUGAAUCUGUUAUUAUUGAUAAUUGUCAGAAUGAAAGCACAGAAUCUGAGAUGGUGUAUUCUCGUGUAGGUAUAACUAAGAUGUUUUAAGGGGAAUACCCUUAGGACCGUAAAACUAUAGUCACAUGACCCCGUAGUGAAAUAUAAUAGUUUUGUCUAAUUCUGAAAUGUCUGUUGGAUUUAGACAAUAUCCAAUAUUUUGAUAAGUAAAAUGCUAUUUCACUGUGAUAUGUUGAUUCUUCAAUGCAAUAUGUAUAAAAUGUGCUUUGUUCACAAGAUGGCAUGAAGAUUUGAGUUGGUUUUUUAAGUAAACAAGUGUACUUUGUGCAAUCCAAGUUGUUUAUAUGUAAUUCAGUUUUGAAAUCUCCAGUAGUGCACAUUCAUUACAAAGAAAUUGGUUUUGAUUCACUUCGCACUUGCUGAUCGAAAUUGAUGGGGCAUUUUUUUCUUUUCUUUUUUGCAUUAAAACAAAUUAUAAAAUGACUUUGAGGAAGCAUUUCUUGAAAUAUUUAAUGACAUAAUUUAUAAGUUAAAGUUAAAUGGUACAUGUAGAUUUAAGUGUACCAAAGAAAAAAAAAGAACUCAUUUUUAGUGGAGCACAAAGCAUAUGUUUGACUUUAUGAAGUAACACAAUAUUGAGACUUUUGUACAAAUAUGAAUAAUGGCUAUUUUCUUGUCAAUGUUACAAUUCACUUUUGCAGUUCUUUUGGCAAUUUUGAAAAGAUUAGUAAAGAUUGAUCGUAAUAAAUUUCACUUUAGACAUACCGGUACAUCUAUGCUGUGAAAAUGGUUAGUACUUCAUUAAUGUAUCAACAAAUCAAUUCUUAUCUAAUAAUUGAUAAUUUCCAAGAUAUCAAGAUGCCAUUUUGCUCAAUAUAGUGUUUUAUUAUAACAAGUGUACCAAAUAUGUUGUGUUUUAGUAUAGUGCUGCACUAUACUGACCUUGUAUACUGCAGUGAUGUAAUGGAAUAUUAAGAAUAUUUUAUUUCGAGCUGCAUCAAUUUUCAUUUAAAUUGCAUUUGAGAUUUCAUUAUUUCAACAGGAUACUGUUUUUGUGUUGUGCGUAUGAUUGCAAUAUGUCCAUGUAACAUAAGGUUUAGCAUAUGUGAAGCUGCCUUGUCGAACGGAUUCAAUUUUGUUGUAUGUAUGUUUUGACUCAAAUAUUUCAUACAUUUUCAUAAUUACAGUCUGCAUUUAUAUAUUAUUUUUAUAUCAUAUUUUGUACCAUGGAAUAUAUUCCCCACAAUGGGAUGAAUAUCUUUGCAUGGUGAAGCAUUCAAGCUAUGCUAUUAAUACAUGUAGGUCUUUGUGAGUCUAGAAAGUCAUUAAAUGACAUCAUAGUUCAUACAACUAGGGUCAUUGUAGAGUUCUCGUAGAAUUGUGAUCUUAGAGUAUAUAGAACUUUAUCAGAAAUAAAACAACAUUGGUUCUUAAGAUAGAUGUAGUAGAGACGUUCUUAGGUUAAGCAUUCAGAAAGGGCAUUCAACCAGGGUAUUAAACCUGUUCAUUCAUGACAUGAUAAUCAUGAUAUGAAUGUAUUCAUGGGUACAUGCUGUUUGCAUUGUAUCUCUAUGCAUUUAGUCUCGUGUCAUAUGCAGGGUUUUGCCCAGCCAGAUGACUGACUAUCAUGAACAUUUUUCUAGUGAACUAAGGUUAAAGCAGUCCUGUUUUCAGCUCCCAUGUUUUAAUAGUUUCAUUGUGAAGUGUUGUUCUAUGGUCGAUGAGACGCGUGAUAUCACACGGUGUUUCUCAUAUUCUCUAAGUCUCUUACAAUCCACCUUGUAUAACAGUAUCUAAAGCAUAUAGGGCUUUUAGAAGUACAGUCAAACCUGUCUUAGUGGAAACCUCUGUAUAAAGGCCACCUGUCCACAGAGGCCAUGCAUUUUGUCUCCCUCAAGAAAGAAAUGUGUGUCGUAGAACCUGUCUAAAGAGGCAACUUGCCUUCAGUGGCCAUUUAUUCUGUUUUCCUUGGAUGGUCUUCAUAGGCAGGGUUGACUGUAUUGAAUUAAUUGCCUUUCUAAGCUCUCAGAAUAGUAGUAUGUCACCAUUUGUUUUUGUUUUUGUUUUUCCUUGUGUGUGGAACAUACACUGUAUCCCUUAGGAGAAAAUUGUAUGUAUUGUGUGCAUUAGAUAACUAGAUUUGAAUUGUGUAUCUCAUUCCUCGAAUGAUCCUGUAAAAGUUCUUGUUUAAACUAUGAAGAAGCUGCAUGUUUUUAUGAAAUGAUGCUUCUCAAUAAAUGUUCAAAGAGACUAUAAGUAGAUUUCACUUGUAGUAAUUACAUUGUAGGUAAAUUUCUGUUGAUAUAGAUCAUUAGUUUGCUUAAAUGAAAUAUUAUACAACUGAAUGAUGAUGAUGAUAACUUCUUGUAUAGAGCCGGAGUCAGGUGGGUAAGUUGAAGACUUAAUUCUAACAAACUAAUUGAUAUUGUGUGAAUCAUAGUCUACAUGAAAUUUAAUAGUAUAUUUAUCACUGAGACAAGAGUCAUAUAUAUGUCAAAAAUUGAACUUUUGAACUUUGUAAGUUUUUGUAACACAUGAUUACAAUGUAUUUCCAUUGGUAUUGAUGUUCCUGUUAUGCGUGUGUUGUUUUGUGAUGAAUUGGAAGCGAUGGUGCAUAGUGAAAUAGAUUUAACUAUAGAAAACUCAGGCAUAUUCUACGAGUUCUGAGGUAAAUUGAGAUAGAAAAAGAAAUGUGCAUUGAGCUUUGUUUCAAAUAUUAUUCCAAUGAAAUGAUAAUAUGCAUGUAAUUGUUUUCCUUAACAACAUGUGCAAGUCAUAUUUGCACAAUCUGCACAAAAUAGCACAGGAGUGUUGAGUUUAUAUUGAAUUUGUAUGAUUAUUAUGAAGAUGAAUGGUUCAUAUGACUGCUACGAGGCUUAACGCUGGCUGCAUGUGUAUGUACAACCAAGAUGUCUUUACAUUUAUCUUCCUAAUAAUAGUAUUUUAGUGAUGUUUUUGUGAGCAGCAAUAGUAUGAUCACAAUGAUGAUAUUUGUAUGUGUACAGUAAAUUGGUGAUUGGUAAGAAUAUAUUGAAUGUUAACAAUUUAUGUCAUUCAAUGUCUCCAUAUCUAGCUCAAAGGUAUUAAGAGAGUGAGAGAAAAACAGACUGAAAAAUGGUAUAAUUCUACUGAAACAUGUUGCAUAUUGAUAUAAUUGAAUAAACUCAAAUUUCUAUGACAACAUA